ACUACUCUCACCGCAGCUCAGCUCACACUCACACGUGGCUGCAGUGCAGAGCCGGAGGAGUUCACUGGCACUCACUCGUUAUCUCAUUUCACUUCAGUUUCAGUUCACCGCCAUGGCACUCAGCCUCCGCGCCGCCGCGUCACUCGCCACCCCGCCGCCGGGCCGGCGCUCCGCCUCGGUUGUCCGCGCCACCGCUUUCCCUGCGGCGCUGAACACCCGGAACCGGCGGCGCCCGCAGAACGUCUCCGGCGAGUUCUUCGUCGAUGAGCGAUGCAUCGACUGCGCCACCUGCCGGUGGAUGGCGCCGGAGGUGUUCAAGCGGGUGGACGGCAUGUCCGCCGUUGCCGCGCAGCCCAGCUCCGGCGAGGAUAGGACCAAGGCGCUGCAGGCCUUGCUCUCUUGCCCGACAGCCUCGAUCCACACCGACAAGCCCGCAAGGGACAUUCUCCAAGUGCAGAACACAUUCCCGCUUCCCAUCGAUGACGAUCUUCCGGGUGUUUACCUCUGCGGUUACCAUUCUGAGGACUCAUAUGGAGCAACUUCUUAUCUUAUAAUUCACCCUGAAGGGAACAUAAUGGUUGACAGUCCAAGGUAUGCGCCGAGACUGGUGGACAAGAUUGAAAAGCUCGGUGGAGCGCGCUACAUGUUCUUGACCCACAUUGAUGAUGUAGCCGAUCAUCGGAAGUGGGCCAAUGAGCUGAAAUGCGAGAGAAUCAUCCAUUCAGGAGAUGUAGUGGAUAUUACUGCCGAUGUCGAGUGGAAACUUACUGGAAAUGGCCCAUGGAACAUUGGAACUGACUUUGAACUUAUUCAUACCCCAGGACAUACUGAAGGCUCAGUCUGCUUGUUGUACAAGCCGCUGAAGGCGCUAUUCACUGGGGACCACGUAGCGAGAUCAGAAGAAUCAGACGAUCUGAACCUCUUCCGGAUGUACAGCAAGCAAUCAGUGACUUUGCAACUAGACAGCAUGAGGAAGUUGUUGGACCUAGACUUCGUGUGGUAUUUACCUGGGCAUGGCUAUCGAGUCCGGUACGAAGAUAUGCAGGCCAAGAAUUCGGCCAUUGAGUCUCUACUGGCGGACUACACAAUCUAGGAGCAUCUUAUUAGUUAUGAUCAGAGACUAUGCAAAUAAGGAUUCAGAAUAAAGGGGCCUCCGUCGUGGAUAUGCAGUCUCUAAUAAAUAAUACUGUUCUUAUAUUUCUAUCCAAACGGCGAACCUCCAGAAAAAAACACACCAUGCCGGCAGCAGGCUUCUGCAGCAAGGGGUCCGAUACUCCCAUGACGCUGAGACUUUGGCGAUGCUGUCGAGAAUUGGAAGACUGUGUACUAUGUGUUGGUAUCCUGAAUAUAGCUAUUGUAACAGCUGUAGUGUGCUUUGCACUGUCGUUUUGAUAUACUUGCAUAAGUGUCGGUGCCCUGUUUGCCGUAGUGCUGUUCUUUUUUUCUUUUGGUCACGUUUCGGUGUGAUCGUGGCUGAUAAGUCUGGGUGUCUGUAGUAUCAGUAUAAGAUCCAAUUGCUCUAUUUGAAAAAAAGGACUUAACGGUA